CUGACUCCAUGGAGCUGGUUCAUUCAAGGAUCUAGGUCCUUCCCAACUCCGGAGAGAAGAGAAUUUCUUUGAGAAGAUCAGGAACCCACUCAUCUGGAUUCUCCUCUGUGCUUCCACAUCCACACUUCUGCCUGAGACUGAGACACCCUAGGAGCGAAAGCACAAAAACCCCCCAGCCAAACCCACCUCCACCAUGGGGGCCAUGACCCGGCUGUUGGCGGGCAUCCUCCUAGCCUCAUUCACCCUCACAACUGAAGGUGGGGUCCUCAAGAAAGUCAUCCGGCACAAGCGACAAAGUGGGGUCAAUGUCACUCUGCCAGAGGAACAGCAGCCGGUAGUGUUUAACCACAUCUACAACAUUAAGCUGCCUGUCGGUUCCCAGUGCUCGGUGGAUCUGGAAUUAGCCAGUGGGGAGAAGGACCUGGCCCCGCCAUCAGAGCCCACUGAGAGCUUCCAGGAGCACACGGUCGAUGGGGAAAACCAGAUUGUCUUCACACACCGCAUCAACAUCCCCCGCCGAGCCUGCGGUUGCGCGGCGGCUCCCGACGUCAAGGAGCUUCUGAACAGACUGGAGGAGCUGGAGACCCUGGUGUCUUCCCUGCGGGAGCAGUGCACCAUGGGAGCCGGCUGCUGUCUCCAGCCUGCUGAAGGCCGCCUGGACACGAGGCCCUUCUGCAGCGGCCGCGGGAACUUCAGCACGGAAGGCUGCGGCUGUGUGUGCGAGCCCGGAUGGAAGGGCCCCAACUGCUCAGAGCCCGAAUGUCCUGGCAACUGUCGCCUGCACGGCCAGUGCGUGGAUGGACAGUGCGUGUGCGACGAGGGCUUCACGGGGGAGGACUGCAGCCAGCCGGCCUGCCCCGGCGACUGUAACGACCAGGGCAAGUGCGUGGGCGGGGUCUGCCUGUGUUUCGAAGGCUACGCGGGGGCCGACUGCAGCCGGGAGCUGUGCCCGGUGGCGUGCAGCGAGGAGCACGGCCGCUGCGUGGACGGCCGCUGUGUGUGCCAGGACGGCUUCGCGGGCGACGACUGCAACGAGCCGCUCUGCCUCAACAACUGCCACGGCCGCGGGCGGUGCGUGGAGAACGAGUGUGUGUGUGACGAGGGCUUCACCGGGGAGGACUGCAGCGAGCUCAUCUGCCCCAACGACUGCUUCGACCGCGGCCGCUGCGUCAACGGCACCUGCUACUGCGAGCAGGGCUUCACCGGCGAGGACUGCGGCCAGCUCAGCUGCCCGAACGCCUGCACCGGCCACGGCCGCUGCGAGCAGGGCCAGUGCGUGUGCGACCCGGGCUUCGCCGGGCCUGACUGCAGCGAGAAGAGGUGUCCCGCCGACUGCAACCAGCACGGCCGCUGCGUGGACGGCCAGUGUGAGUGUGACGCCGGCUUCACGGGAGCGGACUGCGGUGAGCUCCAGUGUCCCAAUGGCUGCAGCGGUCAUGGCCGCUGCGUCAACGGGCAGUGCGUGUGCGACGAGGGCCACACCGGGGAGGACUGCGGCCAGCUGCGGUGCCCCAAUGACUGUCACAGCCGGGGACGCUGCGUCCAGGGCAAGUGUGUGUGCGAGCCGGGCUUCCAGGGCUACGACUGCAGCGACAUGAGCUGCCCCAACGACUGCCACCAGCACGGCCGCUGCGUGAACGGCAUGUGUGUCUGCGACGACGGCUACACGGGAGAAGACUGCCGGGACCUGCGCUGCCCCCGGGACUGUAGCAGCCGCGGCCGCUGCGUGGACGGGCGCUGCGAGUGUGAGCACGGCUUCACCGGCCCCGACUGCGCAGACCUCGCGUGCCCGGACGACUGCCACGGCCAAGGCCGCUGUGUGAACGGGCAGUGCGUGUGCCACGAGGGUUUCAUGGGCGCCACGUGCCGGGAGCGGAGGUGUCCGGGCGACUGCCACGGCCGCGGCCACUGCGAGGACGGGCAGUGCGUCUGCCAGGAGGGCUUCGCGGGCCCCGACUGCGGGCGGCGCUCCUGCCCCAAUGACUGCAGCGGCUGGGGCCAGUGCGUGGAGGGCCGCUGCAUCUGCAGCGAGGGCUACUCCGGGGACGACUGCUCCGAGGUGUCCCCUCCCAAAGACCUCAUCGUGACAGAAGUGACUGAAGAGACUGUAAACCUGGCCUGGGACAAUGAGAUGCGGGUCACAGAGUACCUGGUCAUGUACACGCCCACCCACGAGGACGGCCUGGAAAUGCAGUUCCGCGUGCCCGGGGACCAGACUUCCACCACCAUCCGGGAGCUGGAGCCAGGCGUGGAGUACUUUAUCCGAGUCUUCGCCAUCCUGGAAAACAAGAAGAGCAUUCCCGUCAGUGCCAGGGUGGCCACGUACCUGCCUGCGCCUGAAGGCCUAAAGUUCAAGUCCAUCAAGGAGACAUCUGUGGAAGUGGAGUGGGAUCCUCUGGACAUUGCUUUUGAAACGUGGGAGAUCAUCUUUCGGAAUAUGAAUAAAGAAGAUGAGGGAGAGAUCACCAAAAGCCUGAGGAGACCAGAGACCACAUACCGGCAGACGGGCCUAGCUCCUGGGCAAGAAUACGAGAUUUCUCUGCACAUCGUGAAAAACAAUACGCGGGGCCCAGGCCUGAAGAGGGUGACCACCACCCGCUUGGACGCCCCCAGCCAGAUCGAGGUGAAAGAUGUCACGGACACCACAGCCCUGAUCACUUGGUUCAAGCCCCUGGCCGAGAUCGAUGGCAUUGAGCUCUCCUACGGGAUCAAAGAUGUGCCUGGCGACCGCACCACCAUUGAUCUCACCCAGGAUGAGAACCAGUACUCCAUCGGUAACCUGAAGCCGGACACCGAGUAUGAGGUGUCCCUCAUCUCCCGCAGAGGUGACAUGUCCAGCAACCCGGCCAAGGAGACCUUCACAACAGGCCUGGAUGCUCCUAGGAAUCUCCGUCGCGUCUCCCAGACGGACAACAGCAUCACCCUGGAAUGGAAGAACGGCAAGGCGGCCCCUGACAGUUACAGAAUUAAGUAUGCACCCAUCUCGGGAGGUGACCACGCCGAGGUUGAAGUCCCACGGAGCCAGCAAGCCACCACCAAAGCCACGCUCAUAGGUUUGAGGCCGGGAACUGAAUAUGGGAUCGGAGUGUCUGCUGUGAAGGCUGACAAGGAGAGCGAUCCAGCCACCAUCAAUGCGGCCACAGACAUGGACGCACCCAGGGACCUGCGCGUUUCUGAAACCACAGAGACCAACCUGACCCUGCUCUGGAGGAGGCCUUUAGCCAAGUUUGACCAUUACCGCCUCAACUACAGCCUGCCCUCCGGCCAGCCGGUGGACGUGAAGCUUCCGAGAGACACCACGUCCUAUGUCCUGAGAGGCCUGGAGCCCGGGAAGGAGUACAGCAUCCUCCUCAUCGCCGAGAAGGGCAGACAUAAGAGCAAACCCGCACAAGUAAAGGCAUCCACAGGCCAUGCCCCCGAACUGGAAAACCUCACCGUGACUGAGGUUGGCUGGGAUGGCCUCCAACUCAACUGGACCACAACUGACCAGGCCUAUGAGCACUUUGUCAUUCAGGUGCAGGAGGCCAACGGGGUGGAGGCAGCUCAGAACCUCACAGUGCCCGGCAGCCUGCGGGCUGUGGACGUCCCGGGCCUCAAGGCCGCCACCCUGUAUAGAGUCACCAUCUAUGGGGUGAUCAAGGGCUACAGGACACCAGUGCUCUCUGCCGAGGCCUCCACAGGGGAAACUCCCGGUCUGGGAGAGGUUGCUGUGUCCAAGGUGCGCUGGGAUGCCCUCAGGCUCAACUGGACUGCUCCGGAAGGAGCCUAUGAACAGUUUUUCAUUCAGGUGCAGGAGACCGAUGCGGUCGAGGCGGCCCAGAACCUCACAGUCCCGGGAGGACUGAGGUCCGUGGACCUGCCUGGGCUCAAAGCAGCCACUCACUAUAGUGUCACCAUCCGUGGGGUCACGCGGGACUUCAGCACCACUCCUCUCUCUGUUGAAGUCUUGACAGAAGAGGUUCCAGAUCUGGGAAACCUCACAGUGACCAAGGUCGGCUGGCAUGGCCUCAGUCUGGACUGGACGGCCCCCGAUGGGAUCUAUGAGCAGUUUAUCAUUGAGAUCCAGGAGGCUGACCGGGCCAAGGAAGCUCACAGUCUCAUGGUUCCCGGGAACCUGCGCUCCGUGGAAAUCCCGGGCCUCAGGGCUGGGACUCCUUACACAAUCACCCUGCAAGGCGAGGUCAGAGGCCGCAGCACUCCACCUCUUGUUGUGGAGGCCAUCACAGAGGAGCUCCCCCAGCUUGGGGACUUAGCCGUGACCAAGGUUGGCUGGGAUGGCCUCCAACUCAACUGGACCACAACCGACCAGGCCUAUGAGCACUUUGUCAUUCAGGUGCAGGAGGCCAACGGUGUGGAAGCAGCUCAGAACCUCACGGUGCCCGGCAGCCUGCGGGCUGUGGACGUCCCGGGCCUCAAGGCCGCCACCUCAUAUCGAGUCACCAUCUAUGGGGUGAUCAGGGGCUAUAGGACACCGGUGCUCUCUGCCGAGGCCUCCACAGCCAUAGGACCUGAAAUUGGAAACCUAACUGUUUCUGACAUAACUCCUGAGAGCUUCAAUCUCUCCUGGACAGCCACCGAUGGGGCCUUCGAGACCUUUACCAUUGAAAUUGUUGAUUCCAAUAGGUUCUUGGAGACGAUGAGAUACAAUAUCUCUGGGGCUGAACGAACCACCCACAUCUCAGGGCUACCCCCUAAUAAUCACUUUGUUAUCUACCUCUCGGGACUCGCUCCCAGCGCCCGGACCCAGAUCGUCACCUCGGCCACCACAGAGGCCCUGCCCCUUCUGGAAAACCUAACCAUUUCCGACAUUAAUCCCUACGGGUUCACAGUUUCCUGGAUGGCAUCGGAGAAUGCCUUUGACAGCUUCCUAGUAACGGUGGUGGAUUCUGGGAAGCUGCUGGACCCCCAGGAAUUCACACUUUCAGGAAACCAGAGGAAGCUGGAGCUUAGAGGCCUCAUAACUGGCAUUGGCUAUGAGGUUACGGUCUCUGGCUUCACCCAAGGGCACCAAACCAAGCCCUUGAGGGCUGAGAUUGUUACAGAAGCCGAGCCAGAGGUGGAUAACCUUCUGGUUUCAGAUGCCACCCCAGAUGGUUUCCGUCUGUCCUGGACAGCUGAUGAAGGGGUCUUCGACAGUUUUGUUCUCAAAAUCAGAGAUACCAAAAAGCAGUCUGAGCCACUGGAAAUAACCCUACUUGCCCCCGAACGAACCAGGGACAUAACGGGUCUCAGAGAGGCCACCGAGUAUGAGAUUGAGCUCUAUGGAAUAAGCAGUGGAAGGCGAUCCCAACCAGUCCGUGCCUUAGCAACCACAGCUAUGGGCUCUCCGAAGGAGAUCAGUUUUUCAGACAUCACUGAAGAUUCGGCUGCUGUCAACUGGAUGGCGCCCUCUGCCCAGGUGGAGAGCUUCCGGGUUACCUACGUGCCCAUUGCAGGAGGGACACCAUCAGUGGUAAUCGUGGAUGGAACCAAGACUCGGACCAGGCUAGUGAGGCUCUUACCGGGAGCAGAGUACCUUGUCAGCGUCGUCGCCAUGAAGGGCUUCGAGGAAAGUGAACCAGUCUCAGGAUCAUUCGCCACAGCUCUGGAUGGCCCAUCUGGCCUGGUGACAGCCAACAUCACUGACACGGAAGCCCUGGCCAUGUGGCAGCCAGCCAUCGCCCCCGUGGAUAAUUACAUCAUCUCCUACACAGGGGAGAGAGUGCCGGAAAUUACGCGCACAGUGUCCGGGAACACGGUGGAGUACGCUCUGACCGACCUCGAGCCUGCCACGGAGUACACACUGAGGAUCUUUGCAGAGAAAGGGCCCCAGAAGAGCUCCGUCAUCACUGCUAAGUUCACAACAGACCUUGAUUCUCCAAGAGACUUGACUGCUACUGAAGUUCAGUCGGAAACUGCCCUCCUCACCUGGAGAGCCCCCCGGACAUCGGUCACCGGUUACCUAUUGGUGUAUGAAUCUGUCGAUGGCACAGUCAAGGAAGUCAUUCUGGGUCCAGAAACCACCUCCUAUAGCCUGGCGGAGCUGAGCCCCUCCACCCACUACACGGCCAAGAUCCAGGCACUGAAUGGGCCCCUGAGGAGCAAGCUGGUCCAGACUGUCUUUACCACAACUGGGCUCCUGUACCCAUUCCCCCGGGACUGCUCCCAAGCAAUGCUGAAUGGGGACACCACCUCUGGCCUCUACACCAUUUACCUGAAUGGUGAUAAGGCUCAGGCUCUGGAAGUCUUCUGUGACAUGACCUCUGAUGGGGGUGGAUGGAUCGUGUUCCUGAGACGCAAGAAUGGACGUGAGGAUUUCUAUCGCAACUGGAAAGCCUAUGCUGCUGGGUUUGGGGACCGCAGAGAAGAAUUCUGGCUUGGGCUGGACAACCUACACAAAAUCACAGCCCAAGGGCAGUACGAGCUCCGGGUGGACCUGCGUGACCACGGGGAGACCGCGUACGCCGUCUACGACAAGUUCAGCGUGGGGGAUGCCAAGACUCGUUACAAGCUGAGGGUGGAGGGCUACAGCGGGACCGCAGGUGACUCCAUGGCUUACCACAACGGCAGAUCCUUCUCCACCUUCGACAAGGACACGGACUCAGCCAUCACCAACUGCGCCCUGUCCUACAAGGGGGCUUUCUGGUACAAGAACUGUCACCGUGUCAACCUGAUGGGGAGGUACGGGGACAACAACCACAGUCAGGGCGUCAACUGGUUCCAUUGGAAGGGCCACGAAUAUUCCAUCCAGUUUGCUGAGAUGAAGCUGAGACCCAGCAACUUCCGAAAUCUCGAAGGCAGGCGCAAGCGGGCGUAAAUUCCAGGAACAACUAACUGGGUGGGAGAGGAGCAGGGCCCAGAGGAAGAAGCAAAUUUUACCAAAGUCUCAAUACAACCUGUCCAACCAUCAAGCCACACCCGGGUAUUUGGCAGGAGAUAAAGGUGACCGUGGAUCAUGGGGGCUGAUGACAGGAGCACUGGCCUCCCCUUCUCUGCGAGGACUUCCUUCGCACCAAAGACAACAGUCUCCACAGGUGUCUGUUUCAUUGCUUGAAUCAGCAAACAUCUCCCAGUGAUGGUGUUGAGGUGGUUGUCUUGGGUGGCUCUGGGAAUGGGAGAGGGGUAGGCUGUACAGUGGUAGUUUGUGUUAGAACCGGCUGUAUUUUACACAAAGCUGUAUAAGUAUCAUUAUUUUUGUUCGCAGUGAUUCGGUGUGUGUCAUGGGAGGCCGUUCCCCCCUCCCCGCCUUUUUUUUUUUUUUUUUUUUUUUUUUUACAUUUCAUGCAACAAAAACCAGAAAAGCAAUACUGUUUGGAUUUUAAGGAUAUGAUUAAUAUUAUUAAUAUAAUAAUAAUGAUGAAAACUAAGAAUUUUUAAAGAGAUCUUCCUUUCCAAAACACAUCUGGACAGUACCUGAUUGUAUUUUUUUUUUAAUAAAAGCACAAGUACUUUU